AUGGCAGCCUUGGGGGAGGUGCCAGGAAACGAGCUAUCACGUGACAAGGCGGCGUUGAGGAAGUUAGCAGCGGCCAUAUUGGUUUUGACGAAAGUGGUCGGUGUGAACAGCACGGUCAUGGAUGCCAAGGGAAAUAAAGUUCUCGUUUGCGACAAUGGAACAGGGUUUGUCAAGUGCGGAUAUGCAGGCUCAAACUUCCCAGCUCACAUCUUUCCUUCGAUGGUGGGCAGACCCAUUAUUAGAUCCACAGCGAAAGUAGGAGAUAUUGAAGUGAAGGAUCUGAUGAUUGGAGAUGAAGCCAGCAAACUAAGAUACAUGUUAGAAGUGAACUAUCCAAUGGAUAAUGGAAUUGUUCGAAACUGGGAGGACAUGAAACAUGUAUGGGACUACACGUUUGGAGAAACAAAGCUUAACGUUGAUCCAACGAAUUGCAAAGUUCUGCUUACCGAACCGCCUUUGAAUCCGACGAAGAACAGAGAAAAAAUGAUUCAGGUCAUGUUUGAGAACUACCAAUUUGAAGGUGUUUAUAUCGCUAUUCAGGCUGUUUUAACUUUGUACGCACAAGGUUUGCUGACUGGUGUGGUAAUAGACUCUGGUGAUGGAGUGACUCAUAUCUGCCCAGUUUAUGAAGGCUUUGCUCUGCCUCAUCUCACCAGGAGAUUAGACAUAGCUGGACGAGAUAUUACCAAAUAUCUUAUCAAGUUGCUUCUGUUGCGUGGAUAUGCAUUCAACCACACUGCUGACUUUGAAACUGUCCGUAUGAUGAAAGAAAAGCUCUGUUAUGUCGGGUACAACAUUGAACAAGAACAAAAGCUGGCCUUAGAAACAACAGUUCUUGUAGAACAGUACACACUUCCAGAUGGACGGGUUGUGAAGAUGAGUGGUGAGCGAUUUGAAGCACCUGAGGCAUUGUUUCAACCCCAUCUCAUCAACAUUGAAGGAGUGGGUGUGGCAGAGCUCCUGUUCAACACCAUCCAGGCUGCAGACAUUGAUACCAGAGCAGACUUUUACAAGCACAUUGUUCUGUCUGGUGGUACCACUAUGUACCCUGGCCUACCAAGCAGGCUAGAGAGGGAGAUCAAACAGUUGUAUCUGGAGAGAGUUCUUAAGGGAGAUACCACAAAAUUGUCGAAAUUUAAAAUCAGAAUUGAAGAUCCACCCAGAAGGAAACACAUGGUGUUCCUUGGUGGUGCUGUGCUGGCUGACAUUAUGAAGGACAAAGAAGGAUUCUGGAUGACACGGCAAGAAUAUCAAGAGAAAGGACUUAAAGUUUUAGAGAAGUUGGGAGUGAAAGUUGGUUGAAGUCAGUUAGGUAAUUAGAGAAAAGAUAUAGAGAUUUUGUUAACAUGGGGAGGAAAAAACAACAGAAAAUUCCAAAUUGAAAUAAUGGGCAAACUCUUCUAAACAAGCUCUCUUAUGUGAUCAUUUUUUUUUAUGCCAUAAGAGGUUUACCUGUUCACAUUUGCCUUUCUCUUCAUCUCGUCUUGAGGUGAAAAGAUUUUCUGCUUACAUUUUAAUUGAAGGAAAAAAAAACAAUCAAGUGUACAUAAAUUCUCCUUUAGAAACUUCUGGUCAUUUCUGCCUCAGUUUUGGAAAAGUGCAUUGAAAUAAUUGAUGGCAAAAUAGUAUAUUUGGUAGGUUGAAAUCAGACCACUUACAACAUCAUAAAUUUGCAAUGAGAUACUGCAAAAAAAAGUUUCUAUUGUUAUUUGCAAACAGAGCAGUGAUGUACUUUGUUGUAAGUGUGAAUGAGGCUCAACACUUGAGAAGGCUCUUUGAGAUAGUUGAGGUGAAAGCUUAGAUCCAGAAUAUCAAAGAAGCCACCACAUUUAAUUUAUGACAGGAAAAAAAAAACUUAGUCAUGUUGUGAUGCAGUUGGACUGGUCUUUUGGCAUUGCUUUCCUAUAGCCAUUUUGAAAUAUAAAGGUUUUACUAACAUGUUAACUUUCCUUUUUAUGCUCUUGUAGUGAGAAGUGGAUUUAAUAUUGCAUGCCAUCUUUCUUGUCAGGGUAUUGCAAUUUUUCUGACAUCAUUUUGUUUUAAAGCUGCAUUUAAAUUAAUGAGUUUCCUGUAACAAUUCCACUGUCACUAAUACUUUUUUUUGUCAUGAUAACUCUUAAGCAAAGAUAAUGUUAGCCAGGUCAUCCACCCAAAAGAAUUUUGUCCUUGGAAAUUAUUUGUCACCAAAGUCACUUGUUUAAAUACUGGAUUGUAUCAGUUUGUGAACAAAGGGUGUUAUAACGGAAUGCCUCUAUGAAUUUCUCCAGCAAUGCUGCUGCUGAGAAAACUUGUGGGUGGAAACUUUUAAAUAAAAAUGGAGCUUAAUAAAACAAGGUGUUUUCUCAGAUGAUCACUAUGCCUGGAAAGAAAAAAAGAACAUUUCAUGAAAAUUGAAAAAAUGAUAAUAGUUUCUAACUCCUUCAGCAAAAGCAAAGUUUCCAUUUGAUCAAAGAUUUGUGAUGUUUUGUCAUAGAACAAUAAUUUCCACCUGAAUUUCCUGAUGGCCUAGUGUAAGAGCCUGUAGUCGUUGAAGAGAGAGCUUGGUUUUCUAAUGUGAAGAGUUUGUGAACUGUACAGAUUAGUUUCUUAUUAAUUAAUGAAGAGAUCAUUCUUAAAUAUUUUGGUAAAAUAAUACUUUCCUAGUUCCCUUCACAUGUUAAUUAUUGCAUUAUGUAAUGUUUUUCUUCCCGUCUCCAUGUUGUUGCUCGUGGAGAAAUUGGAAUGCCUUGCUAAAGCAAAGAGAUGGAAAUAAAUGUUCUUUUUUUAUUUCAAA